AUGCUAUCUGAAAGUACUGGUUACGGGUCGUUAUUGGAUUCUGAUUCAGUGGCAUCGUUGGAAAUUUCACCAUCACCUUACCACCAGCAUUAUACAGCGUCGCCUUCCUGCUUCAACAGCGGUCUAUUGUCGGUGGAGGAAAACUUCAAAAUGACACGGCCAAAAAGUUAUGCUAAAGGGGAAAACAAAAUUCAACGUCAUAAUGAUCAGCAAAUUUUUUUGAAUAAUCGGACCAUUUAUGGGAACAAAAUAACUGUAUCACACAAUUCACAACAGCAGAGAAAGCAGUCUUUCGAUCAGUAUUACGAGACAUGCUUACCUGACGUCCAGAUAACUGAAGGCGCAAAUCCUGGUUGCAGCAGAGAAGCUUGCUAUAUGAAGUGUUGUAGCAGAUCUCGAAGUUUUUCGCCCCAUACAUUUUGCAGAAAUAAAUCAACUGGAGACCCUAAUCGAAAGCUUUAUUUAAGCACUUCCCUGGCAGUCCCUACAAAUGUUCACACUGAUGACCUGUUUCAAAAACCUGUGAAAGGAAUCCUAAAACGACAGUGUGCUUCAGAGAGAAAUCAUACUGCCAGCAGACGUAAUUCUAGGUGCGGCCAAGUUUCAAUUCUACUUCCUAUAUCAGGCAAGAUUACGCCUGUUCGGGAUCAUUAUCAGGCUGAUUUGCCCGGGCGCAGUUCUCGGGUUGCAAAAGCUCUUGAUUCAGACGAGUGUCACAUCUAUGAGGAUAUUAAGGACGACUUCAGGGAAGGUGAAGUUAUGCCAGAUUCUAGACCGCCGCUUCCUGCUAGACCAAUAAUAAGGCCGAUGAUAAUCUUUCCGCCAGACCGAACAUUUCAACCGCGUUCAAGGCAAGCGUAUCGGAGACAUCCGGAAAAUCUUAAGCACAAAGCUCCAACAACUAAUUUUUUGAAACUAUAA